UGUUCCAAAAGACUUAAAACACAGGUUAAUUGAGCAGCAUAAAGUGCAUACUGUACGUUGCUUUCUCAUCAUCCUUUCUUUAUGAUCCUUCCCAAGAACUGUAUUUCAGGUAAACCUGGGACUCGAACUUGGGAAUCUUUCAUUCCUGAGCAAGGUUCCUGCUAGUUGAGCUGCCCAUUGAAGGCCUCAUCAUCCUUUUUACGUAUUCUUGUUAUUAUAAAUUAGAUGGUUAUAAUCAGCAUAUAUUCGGUAAUUAUAAUAAUCCUUGUGAGUGAUUAUAUCGACCCAUUUGAUGCCAUAGUAAGUCGCUCUUCCUUUGAUUUCUUUGCCAUCCCUUCUCCGUCUGCUAUCUUCCCUGGAGGGAAUUUAUUAAUUUGUUGGCAUUCAGGGUUUUUAAGGUGUUAAGUGCUCUGUGUGUGUCUAUGCCCAAGCAUGCGCACAUCUCCCAAAAGUAAAGAAAAGUUGGAAAGAUUACACCAUCUGAUAUGCAGUUGAUCCAAUGAUUUCUCACAUAAAUGCAUUGCAUAGUUUAAUAAAUAUAGGUUAAGGUGAAUUAUUAUUAUUAUUUUUUUUCAUUUUGGAGAAUCUAGAGAUAAUGAUUUUUUUCUUAACCUUUUUUAGGCUAUCUAUGAUGAGCUUAGUAAUGCUAAAGAUAAAAACUUAGUAAUGCUAAAGACAAAAACUUGGUAAUGCUGCUUGUGGUUGUGGAGUCCUUGAUGUGAAAGAGCUUCAGAAGAUGCUAAAUAUGUGGACAAAAUGUUGGAGGAUAUAUUUUCAAAGUUCAAUUGCCAGCAGAUAAUGCUCCACAGAAACUGAGGAAAGUUAGGAAAACUAAUAAUAAAGGUGUCAUUUGGAUACACUUUUUGCUUCCUGUUUUGAAAAACAGAAAAUGAUAGUAAAUCCUAUAUAAAAUGCAAGAAGUCUUUGAUACUUACCUUCAAAAGAUAAUGACUUUUAAAAACUGAUUAAAAAAAUUGAGGUAUUAAAAAUAUUUUACCACCUCAAAUUUUAGAAAUCUUCAGAAGUACUUUUGCAAGAAAUAAGGUAAGUUCAUUCUUUUUAUAUGAGAUACUAUAUUUUAUGUAAAAGUUGCUGCUAUUUUCUAAUUUUAAAAUAGAAAACAAGACGCGUAUGCAAACAAACACUAAGCAGUUAAUUUUGCUUCCUGAAAUUGUACUUCAUGUGUAGAGAGAUUAAUGUGGUAGCUGACUUCAUAAUUAGGCCAGUCAUAGCAAAUCUUUGAAUAGGUGAGAGGUCUAUGUUGGGGCGUCUGCCAGUGGAGGCAGUUGUUUGCAAUGGAUGCUUUGCAUUGUGCAUUCUUAGUUGGUUUUUAUUAAUAAAAUCACUUACCAAGAGAAAAAAGGCCCACGUUUUUUUUAUCAGGAAACCUGCUAUUGAUUAGUGGUCAAGGCAAAUGAUAAUUCCUAAAUCAAGCAUCAAGAAAUUGCUGCAUAUGUCACAUGCUCUGCCUCAAAUUAUUCCAAGCUGAGAGAGACCUUCAAGCAACUUUGGGCCUUAACAUGAUAAUCAAUUGUGCUUCUGCAAAUGAAAUUGCAAAAUUACUGGAUUAAAAAUGUAGAACAACAUGUUGAUAGUUUAACUAGAAGACUGAGUAUCCUGAGUUUCAUUUGUUACAUGGAUUGGAAGCAGCCUUGGAUAGAGGAUGAAAUUAGGGAAAAUAAAUAUGUAUAUGUUGAUUUUUAGUCUUGGAGUGUUGGAAGUGUUAAAUCCUAUGGGCAUUGAGUAAAUGGUUUGGAGUAUUAAUGCGAGUCAGUGCCUAUUCUUACUCUUGGAGAAUCCUGAGGACAUUUAUGCUUCUUAUGAUGAUGGGAGGGGAUUGGGUAUAUUGAUUAUUUUGUAUUAUAUAGAAUUUUCACUAUUGGGCUGAAUACCAAUUUUGAGUGCAGAAGAAGGUUUGCUUUUGGUAAUAGGGAAACUGGAUAGGGAAUGUUUUUCUAGAAACCUCACUCUAGCUUGGACCACCAAAAAGUCGGUACCUUAAGUAAAAGGUGAAAGAAGCAUGGCUCUAAUUCCUUGAAAUGUAGGAAAGCUGCUUUUUCAUUGGGAGGUCAAUUUUCAAUUUUGAUGCUUUCAUUUCUCCUCCAUUUUAUGUUAUGCAAAUACUACAAUGACAUAGUUGCAAUGUUCAAUGAGACAUAACUCAUACGUUAAUCAUGCUAUUCUUUUUCAAUUUAUUUAUUUUUUUAUUCAUUUCCAUUCUAACAUUCUGAUAUGCAUACAGAGACAUCAUAUUUGGAUCCCAGACUAAACCCAAUUUCAUCCCCCCUUCCCCCUCUUUCACAGGUGUUGCCUUACCCAUAACAAAGACUAGAUUGAGAUUUCUAUUUUUAACUGUCAUGCACUUCAUUCCUAGUUCUAAUUGUUGAUUGUUCUUCCAAAAAACUUUGUGAUUUUAGUCUUCUCAUUUUAUCAAGUUCAUGUAUCUUUGGCAUUGUCAAUCUCCUAGCAGUAUCCACUAACCUUAGCUUAGUUCAGAAGCCAUACUUGGAUGUAGAAAUUGUGAGAAUGCCUCUAUGACUAACAAAUGUCAUCUGUCCUUCUAGCCCUGAUUACAUGGGAAUAAUGCUGUUGAUGUGAAAUAUACACCUUUCGAAGUAGACGUUUGGUUUGCCACCAAAACUCCACGUGGAGGAACGAGAAUGGCCAUUGACAUCUUCUUUUGCUGAAAAUCAGGUGCUUUCCUACUUGCCAAUUAAGAUUAGGCAGUUAAUAAUUUGGUUUUCUGUUAAAUAAUAAGAACAACUACAACAUACCAUGUGGCAGUGCUAGGGUGAGUGUAAUCAAAAUGGUGCCUAUGACUCCAGAGCCCAUAUAAUAAUAUUGUCUCAUAUAAUAUUCGCUGUGUGUGAUGUCCAGACAUGGAGGUAAAUUUUAUUUAGUUGGUUAAUUUCAAGGGAUGCAAAACCAACACAACAAACACAAAACAGAGAUUGUUGGCAUUUCUCUUCUUUUGUUUGGCCGUACUGCCCCCACGAGAUUUGCUACAUCUUGGGUUUUUUACCCAUUUGGAGAAUUCAAAGCUUACUCUGUUUGACACUUUGUCUCAGUCGACUCAAUUAGAGAGACCCAACUCAAGUUUCUUUAUCUUAUGCUCAGUCCUGGAUUCCUUAACUCCGAAUGCCCCAGAAAACAAUAUUUAGAAAACGUUUAAAAAUGUUGAUGAGCUUGUUACUUCUACAUUUUUCCUCUUAAUCCUUUGAAGUUUUGUACAUUCUUUAGUGUUAUGAUAGAUGUAACACCUUCUUUUUCUGGUCUUUAAGAUGUUAUAGCAAAUAUUUUCCUAGUUUUCACAGGUCCAUUAGGGGAUUGACAUGAUAUAGAACUUUCUUAAAUCUAUAUCGAUGCACUCGUAGGAUGCAAAAUAAUCACAAACCCACACCUUGACUCACAACAAUUGGAGAUUAUUGGUGCAUAGCAUAUAACUGCACAUAGGAUUAGUUCAUACCUGUCAUUGUCUUUGCUUGUUAAAAAAUUAUUUAGAAAAUGUAAAAUAUAACAGAAAUUUCCAAUGGGACUUUUGUACAUAAAAUAUUAAAGGGCAUGGGGAACAAAAUAAUGUAAAUAAUAUAAACUAAUGCCUGUUAAUGUCAACCUUAAUGGCUUUGUGGGGCAUUGGAGGAACCGCUUUUCCUGACCUUCAUCAGCAGUGACAAAAGCAAAGUGAUUAGGGGGUUCUUUUGUGUGGCUAAUUAUCCAAGGUAAUGUUAUUGGCCUUUCUUUAGGGUGAAAGUGACCCAUAGUAGGCCUUCAGAACUAUUUCAAAAAAAAAAAAAAAAAAGGGAUUUAGUCCCCCAAAACUUUGUAGGGGGCUAAUGUGUGGCUUGUUGCAUGCUUAUAACUCUGUGCCGUAAGAAUAUUUAUCCUCGUAAAAUGAACUGAUAAAGAAUGUAAUUUUCUCCAACUUUUGCUGGUUAAGAGAUUCCAUGCUUUGUCGGUGACCUCUGGAUGUGUGUGUCUUUCUGAAAAGGCUCUCUUUUUUUAAAAACUCAGGUAUAUGCUGUCUUCUUGAAGAAAGGUCAAAUUGGAUUUUAGGGUAGUACUUGAAUUCUGGAAAUGCGGUUGAAUGAAAUAUAGGCUUAUGUAGUUUUACUUGCCGUUUUUUCUUUUGUUCGGUGGGGGGGUGUUCAAAUGAAUUCUAAUACAUUUUGGCCGGAGGAAAUGUUGUAAGACAACUCAGUAUUGAAGGCAAAUAUCGUUUACCCAUUUGCAUUUGGGAAGAAAAAAAUUGUUGAAGUGAGUAUCAAAAUGAUAUCCAAACACCACCUGCGACUGACAAAAUGACCAUUUUGUCUAUGUAUAGCUCGUGGUUUUGGCUUCUCUUUGAUUUUCUGUUCUUGUAGAGGAUCUUUCUGGUUGGCUUAAUAAUGGAUAUUAGUUUUCUAUGUUGUACAAUCAAAAGGGUUCAAUUGGUCUCUUUCAUUGAACUGAUGACUUCUAUGCUUUUGUCUUGCUCUAGAUUGAACAUAGAUUAGCAGAAAUAUGAAUAAAAUAUUUCCUAUCUGUAUUCAAAAAAAAUAAACAAGAAAUGCUGAAAGGUGGGGUGAUGACCAAUUCAGGUUUUCACUCUCCAAAUUAAAAAAUGAGCUCUCUUUUAAAAUAAUACCAUAGAGGAGAAAGCAAGGCAAUCUUGUGCUGGGUCAAGUCAUCCCAUUGAGUCCCGCAACAUAGAAUAUACGCCCUCUCCCUCUCUCCCUCCCUCUCUCUCUCUCUCUCUCUCAUAUGGAAGAGGUCUCUCCAUGUGGUUUGAUAUAAAGCCGAAAAUAUAAAAGACAAAGAGGUAUGAACAAGCAGUAAGACCUUUUCAGCGCUCCUUUGUUGUUGACAGGAUCUUCCCCACUCCUCAUAUAAAUCCCAGAUCACCACAACAGAGGAAAAGCAAAUAUACCUUCUUCGUUUUGCUUAUUAAGCGGAGAAACAUAGAGAAGUUGCCCAACCACCAAGGAAGAAAAAUGGCUAGGAAGAGAAAGGCUGGUGAGUGUGUAGAAGAGAAAAUUCCUAGUGAAGGGAACAUGGCUUGGGAUGAGAUGGUGAAGGAAGCUGCUGCAGCAGCAGCUCUUGGAGGAGCUCGGCGAGCUAGGAAGAGAUUUGUAGGAGUCCGUCAAAGGCCAUCAGGGCGAUGGGUGGCUGAGAUUAAGGAUACCAUACAGAAGAUAAGGGUGUGGCUGGGCACUUUUGACACAGCUGAGGAAGCGGCGAGGGCCUAUGACGAGGCUGCUUGCUUGCUUCGCGGUGCAAAUACUCGCACAAACUUCUGGCCUUGUUCUCCCUCGUCCUCUUCAACCCCAGCCCUUCCUUCAAAAAUCACAAACCUCCUUCUCCAUAGGCUCAAAACAAGAAGCAAUGCUUCUGCUUCAUCUGCUUCUGUGCCCAUCAACCACGAACAAAAGCAACUAGAAGAAUAUAGGGAAGAAGUCACAGAUUUUUCAGACACCCAAUUCACUGAUUUCCUCAAUGAUCCUGAGGAUUAUGUAACAUGCAACAAUAUCAUUGCUGAUGCUAGUCCAAGUGCCAGCGAAUACAUGACCAUAAGUCCUGACCCGAGUUUCACAAAGGAAAGUUGCGGAAGUAAAGAACCAGACUUGGAUUGUAACUGGACUGAUGUAGUAGAGUCUUCUAGUGGUGAUGGUACUUUUGGUGGGGAAGGAGAAGAAGAUGGGGAAGAAGAAGGCACUGACCUUGGCCCUUUGGAUUUCCAGUUUGUAGACAACAUUGGAUCAUCUUGUUACUAUCCUGCUUUUGAGAUCGCUGAAGAGAUAGUGGAGCCCAUAGAGCAAGAGAAUUAUAGCGACGAGCCAUCAAUGCUCAGAGCAGCCAUGAAGAGGAUGGUAUAUGAAAGGAAGUUCUCAGCUUCUCUUUAUGCCUUCAAUGGGAUACCUGAGUGCUUAAAGUUGAAGCUGGGAUCUGGAAAUGUGAAUGGGAAGUCAGGGAUGUCUGAUCAAUUGACUAAACUCCAAGAUGCAUGUAACAAGAACCAAGAGAAGGACGAAAACAAGCAAGUGAUAGGGAAGCAGCAGGAGGAAAACCCACAAACUUCAACUGAUGUGGGAUCUUCUUCUUCUUCUUCUUCCGCCUCCUCUUCUUCGAGCAAUGAUGGAGAAUUGUCACUUUGGAGCUCUCUUGAUCUCCCACCCAUCUGCUUUGUCAAUUAGUUGAUAGACAACGUAUCAUUAUUAACAUUUUAUGCUCUCAAAUUCUUUUAGAUGUAACAUCUAUUAUAAUCUGUACUGUUUUAUGCAGUGCUGAUCUUCUGAUCAUGUUGAGCAACAAAUGAAAUGAAAUGUAAUGUUAGAUUUCUACAUAAAG